AUGAGUGAAAUAUGGCAAGUAUUCAAAAAAGACGACGGAGGUAAAGUAAUAUGUGUAUCGUGCAAUAAAAAAUAUGCGAAUCCCGGAUCAAGUACAACCAACAUGUGGAACCAUUUGAGAUUUAAACACAAACCAAAAUUUCUUGAACUUGAUCGGCUACGCAGGGGAUUAUCAGGAGGAGUGUUUGAUCAAGGCGCUUCUAUAGACAACGAUGAGUCUGAAUCUGAAAGUAUUGAAUCAAAUUUGAUACAAUUACAACCUUCUACUUCAAAUGAAGAACUAGAAAUUAGUCAAUCAUGUUCAAAUAUUUCUCAGUCUUCUAAUACUGACACCUCCUCAGUCACAAACUCCUCAUUUGCUACAGUUCACGAGACAAGCUCUGCAAGUACAACUAGACAGUUAAAAAUGACACAAUUCACUCUUAAUAAAAGUGCAAAAAUCAAAAUUGAUAGUGCACUUGCAUAUUUCAUUGCAACAAAUAUGAUGCCGUACAGUUUAGUGGAAAAGGAGGGAUUUAAAGUAUUUGUGAAUGCGUUAAAUCCUAGCUACAAGCUACCAGGCCGAAAACUCUCACAUAAUCCCGAAUUCCCUCUAUCCUGUUUAGGUUGCAUUGAACUAUCAGAGGACCAUACUGGUGAGAAUAUAGCCGAUGUACUUCAAAUGUUGAUUUUAGAUUAUGAGAUACCGGAUUGGAAAAUAUGUUCGAUGGUGACUGAUUAUGGAUCGAAUAUGCUUAAGGCUGUACGCAAUUUAAAUAUACCACAUGUAGCUUGUUUUGGCCAUGCUCUUAACACAGCAGUUUCACGUAUCUUUAAUAUGGACGAAAUAAAAGAUGUAGUCCAUAAAGUCAAAUCCAUUCAUAAUAUAUUUGCCCAUAGUUGGAAGGCAGUUCGAGAAAUGGGAAAAAUCCAGGAAAAAUUUAGCUUGCCAAAUAAAAAAUUUCCAUCUUACUCAAAAACUCGUUGGUGGUCGAUGCUGGAACUAAUUAAUAUUAUUAUUGAACAAGAACUUGGACUCACAAGUUUUCUACGAACAUAUAAAAAUGGCACAUUUAAAAAUUUAUCUUUUCAAGACUCAGACAUAAUUGUGUUAAAAAAUCUAAGUUCUAUAAUACAGCCAAUCCGGGAAAUCACUGAUAAUUUAGCCGGCGAUUCGUAUGUCACGGGUUCGGCUAUACUACCAGUUAUUUCUUCACUCAAGUCAAAAUUAUCCCAAAUAACAGAACUAAAUGAAAGUGAAGAUACGGACAUCAACGGAAGACAGAUUAAGAAAAUGUACAAAACCAUUAUUGAUAUUCUAGAUCAACGCUAUCAAGGUAACACAUUGCUGGUUAUGUGUACCGUAUUGGAUCCGAGGUUUAAAAUCGAAUACAUAACGUAUGAUGAUAUAUCGGUUUUAAAGAAAACCGUCGGUGAAUUUUGCGAAGACACAUAUAAGAGUACCGUAAAUGGCAGUUAUGAUAACGAUAGUAAUAACCAACUGGCACCACAGAAAAAAACCAAAACUGGUCUGUCCGAUGUUCCAUUAAGCCAAAAAUUAAGACAUGAAUUGGACUUAUAUCUAAACAACCCAAUAAUUGGCUUUGAACAAGAUCCACUAGAUUGGUGGAACUUAAACAAAACGACAUAUCCAAUUAUGUUUGUUUCAGCCAAGAAAGCUAUGACUGUUCAGGCUACAAGCGUAGCGUCUGAACGUAUUUUCAGUAAAGGUGGCUGUGUACUAACUGACCAUAGAGCAUCGUUAACCAACGAACACGCCAGUCAGCUUAUUUUUUUAACUAUGAAUAAGGACUAUGUACCUAAACCAGCGUUUUAA